AAGUGCCAUGCGUGGAACAUUCGAUCGUAAAGUAGGUUUGUUUCGAUCGUUGGAAGAAAAAAUUAACGUGUAUUUCUGAACAGGAUGUAAUCACAGCAAAAUGGAUUUACCGUUCUGCUUUAAGAGCUUUUUAUGCUGGCAUUGUCUGAGUUCGUAAGUGAUUGAUUCGCACUGCAAUGCGAGUGAAGAACGUCAUGUUACACUCUAUGCUUUUCAAAACAGCUUUCAACAAGAUGCUAUCAUCAUCAAGAGAAACUUCGCUACAUCUUUGUGUGGUCUUUGAGUGCCUUUAACUGCAAUAAUGCCUGACAAAGAACCAGGCCAUGCUACAAAUUUAGUAGUUGCCCUCCGAGUUAGGCCGAUUAGUUCCUCCGAGCUCGGAGAUAAAGAGAUCAUCCACGUUUUGGAAAAAAAUCUUGUAGUUCUACGAGAUCCAAAUGAAGACCAAGAUGACAUUCUCAGGGUUAAUAGAUCAAGAGAAAAACAAUAUGUGUUUGACCAUGCCUUCAAUCCAGGAGCAACACAGAAUGACGUCUACAAUGUCACCACACAGCCUCUCAUCGAAAGUGUUGUCACUGGGUAUAACGCAACUGUAUUUGCCUACGGUGCUACAGGAGCUGGAAAAACCUACACCAUGCUCGGCAGCGAUAAUAAACCAGGAAUCAUGGGAUUGACACUCAAUGAUCUCUUUGCACAAAUGGAGUCAACCAAGGAGGAUGUGAAAUACAAAGUCACCAUGUCCUAUCUUGAGAUUUACAAUGAAAUGAUAAGAGAUUUGCUCAACCCUGCGUCUGGUAUUCUUGAUCUGAGAGAAGAUGCCAAAGGAGUUAAUGUAGCUGGGUUGUCUGAAGUUGAAGCUAAAACAACAAGAGAGGUGAUGAGUAUGUUACUGAUGGGCAACAAACAGAGGACUUCAGAGCCAACUGCUGCUAAUAAAACAUCAUCAAGAUCACAUGCUGUGCUUCAGGUAACAGUGAGUCAGAAAAGCAGAGUUGAAAAUGUUAUCCAAGAAAUUAAAGUUGGCAAACUUUUCAUGAUUGAUUUGGCCGGCUCAGAACGAGCUGCACAAACAAAGAAUCGCGGUAAAAGAAUGAUUGAAGGCGCUCACAUCAAUCGGUCUUUGUUGGCUCUUGGGAACUGUAUCAAUGCUUUAUCUGAAAAUAGAGGUCAUUACGUGAACUAUCGGGACAGCAAACUCACAAGAUUACUAAAGGACUCACUUGGUGGUAAUUGCAAGACGGUGAUGAUUGCGCAUGUCAGUCCUGCUGGAAAAUUAUUUGAAGAAAGCAAAAAUACAUUACUGUAUGCCGACAGAGCAAAGAACAUCAAAACAACG